CCUCUCUUAUCCUCUCUCUCUCUCUCUUCCAUUGUUGAAGCAAAAAAAACACAUAGAAUGUGAUAGGAAUUACAGGGCACCAUUCCAAAAAGAUAGAAGAAAAAAAGACACAAUAAUUAGCAUUAAUCUUUUUUCCCCCCCUUAAUUUUUUCUUUUUACACAAAUAGUAUCAAAAUUAAGGGUCUACAAUUCUAUAUAUCCAUUAUUAUUUUUUCUCAUAAAGAAAAGAAUGGAGAAAGCUAGGUUUUUUAAGAAAGUGGGGUUAUAAUACUUUCCAUUUUUCUCUUAUAUCUCUAAUGUGAUCAUGGAAGGAGGUGAUGAUCAUCUCCACCUCCAUCGCCACCAUCACCACCACCACCACCACCACGGCCGCCCCAACUUCCCUUUCCAAUUGCUCGAGAAGAAAGAAGACGAAUCCACCAGCUCCGCCUACCCUUCCCUCGCCAUCUCUGCCGACAUCUCAUCAAACCCUAGUACUAGCACCACUCCUCGAUCAACUACUUCCGCCUCCUCCAGCCUCCAAAUCGCCGCCACUACUGCCGCAGAGCCAUCCAAGAAGCCACCCCCCAAGCGCACAUCAACCAAAGAUCGCCACACGAAGGUUGACGGACGCGGGCGGCGCAUUCGCAUGCCGGCACUCUGCGCUGCUAGGGUUUUUCAGCUCACCCGCGAGCUCGGCCACAAGUCCGAUGGCGAGCUCCUCCAACAGGCCGAGCCAGCCGUCAUCGCGGCAACAGGUACCGGUACGAUUCCCGCGAACUUUACUUCUCUCAACAUCUCUCUGCGUAGUUCCGGCUCAAGCAUGUCGGUGCCAUCUCAGCUAAGAUCUACGUAUUUCAAUCCGAAUUACACGAUGCCACAGCGCCGGGGGCUUUUUCCGGGUAUUGGGUUGUCGUCGGAGAGCUCUUCCACCACGCUGUUGAAUUUUCAGGCGGCGAACUUAAACCCUAGUCUGAUGCAAGCGAAGCAGGAAAUGCGGGAAAACACUUUGGACUUAACUGAGACGGAGGAGAGCUUAGGGCGGAAGCGCAGGGCGGAGCAGGAGCUGCAACAACCGCAGCAUCACCAGAUUGGAAGCUAUUUGCUGCAGUCGAGCGCCGGAGCCAUGCCGGCGAGCCACGCUUCGAUUCCGGCGAAUUUUUGGAUGGUGGCGAAUUCGAAUAACAAUCAAGUCAUGGGUGGCGAUCCAAUAUGGACAUUCCCUUCUGUUAAUAUCAAUAAUAGCAGUGCCGCCGCUGCUGCUGCUUUGUAUAGAGGAACUAUGUCUAGCGGAUUGCAUUUUAUGAAUUUUCCGGCACCCGUCGCGUUGUUGCCCAGCCAACAAUUGGGCGGCGGCGGCGGUGGCGGUAAUGGGUUGGGAGAAGGGCAACUGGGCAUGCUCGCUGGGCUGAACCCAUAUCGGACUGGAGGCAGUGGAGUGUCGGAUUCUCAGGCGAGUGGGUCACACGGCGGAGGAGGGGGCGACGAUCGGCACGACGCCGCCAGCCACCAUUCCUGAAUGAUGUUUGUGUAGUUUGAUGUGUAAAACACACACGUGAGGUUUGAUUAAUUUGUCCUAAAAUUGAGGUUUUCUUCUUUUGGAUUUUCUAUUAUUUUUCCUUUUCUUGAUGUGGUCCUAAUUUUUUGUGUGAUUAAUAUUUGGGAAUUUAGGGUUUGGGGAAGCCAAUAUUUUUAACAA